GCGCUCGGUAUCGCUCAACCAAAAGGAGUAUUGUUGUAUGGACCUCCAGGAACUGGAAAGACAUUAUUGGCUAGAGCUGUAGCUCAUCAUACUGAGUGCACCUUCAUCCGCGUAUCAGGUUCAGAACUUGUGCAAAAGUUCAUUGGCGAAGGAGCAAGGAUGGUUCGUGAGCUGUUCGUGAUGGCUAGAGAGCAUGCCCCUUCAAUCAUUUUUAUGGACGAGAUUGACUCUAUCGGCUCAAGUCGCGUGGAAGGAUCGAGUGGCGGUGACUCGGAAGUGCAGCGCACUAUGUUGGAGUUGUUGAACCAGUUAGAUGGAUUCGAAGCGACAAAGAACAUCAAGGUUAUCAUGGCCACCAACAGAAUUGACAUUCUUGACCCUGCUUUACUACGGCCUGGUAGAAUUGAUAGAAAGAUUGAGUUUCCUGCCCCUGAUGAGAAGGCACGCGCUGAUAUCCUCAAAAUCCAUUCGCGUAAGAUGAAUUUAAUGCGUGGAAUCAAUAUGAGGAAAAUCGCUGAGGCGAUUCCCGGCGCUAGUGGAGCGGAAGUAAAGGCAGUUUGUACAGAAGCAGGUAUGUUUGCUCUCCGCGAACGGCGUAUUCAUGUAACACAAGAAGAUUUUGAAAUGGCUGUCGGGAAGGUGAGAUCAAUGCAAAUUUUUCUUCAAUUUUUUAGAGGCUUCGUAAUAAGAAGAGGGCGCGUUUUUCCAUGA